UCGAGUGUUAGGGCGACGAAUUCCGUGUUUGUUUACUUUCUUGCUGUAGCUUCGGCAAUGGAGCGUAGUCUGGUGUCUCGAGACAAAACUAUUGCUAAUAUCCAGGCUGCUCGUUGGAGAGAGAGAGAGGAUGCUGUGAUCAAGUCCGCCAUCGAGUUUCUCAUCGAGGGAGCUAAAUUGUCAAAGUACUGCCAAACACCGUCACGCAAAGAUCUGUCUCGUCGUCUGGAAAAGAUUCUCGAGCCCGCGCGGUACCAAACUUAUGCUCCUCAUUUCCCCCGAGGCGACGACUUUGGAGCGCUGGGAUUGUCAACUCUAAACUCGGGCCGUGAGAGGAAUUUCAACGAUGCGGAAAUCCAGACUUCAAGGAGUUUGGAAGGUGGUUUUACCGGCAAGGAGUCAGAUAACUCUCAAAGUUUGAGCGAAACUAAAGACGAGGUGGUGGCGGUGGUGCCAUUGCAGCAAUCCCAAAGCGGCAACAAUACUGCGUUCGAAAUGAAAAUGGACAAGCUCAUUACAGAGGUGGUCUCCAAGUGGCUGCAAUCUUCUUGUCCCUGAUCUAGCUCUCCAGAUAGGUUGCGACUGUACUCUCGAAACAACCAGCUCACAGAAAAUCUUGGUGGAUGGUGCGGGGCUAGUUCAGCUGUAAAGAAGGGAAUCUCUCAAAACAAUGACCCUCGAUCGUGCCAGUUGCAAGAGAGCAAGAACAAGUUAAGCUUCCAGUUUAAAUUUCGUUUUCUCUCCAUUUUUUUUCCCCUCGUUCUACUAAAGCGACACAAUGGCAGCCAGUACAAGAAGAAUCAGCAAGGAUGAAACACUCGAACAACCACAUGGUUUUUUUUAUCCCGCGAUCAAAGAAAAAAAGUAUAGCGAGAACCCAGUACGAAAGCCCAAGCCAGGAAAGCGAUCGAUCGAGGAUCGAGGUUUUAAAACUUAACCGUCACGGAUUUAAUGAUCCUUGGCACAUGGUUUCAUUAAAACCUCCAAGCUUAACCUGGAGCAAAGCGAGAUAUAAGAAUUCCUUCCUUAUCAUUGUGUGAAA